AUGGCAAAAGCAGGAAGGUGUGUCCUGUCGUUUGGUGAUACGGUACUGUAUGAGGCUGAUCUGAAAGCGCUGGAAAAUGGACGAUGGCUCAGUGAUCCCGUUAUUUCGUUCGCAUUCGAAUAUCUCCACAAAAGAACGUUGGAUGAGACAAAAAAAAGCAAAAUUACCUUUGUAAAUGCAGCAGUAUGUCAGCUAAUUAAAUUAACCAGACCAAGUGAAGUGGCCGAGCUUCUCGAUGAGCUAACACUUAAAGAAAAAGAGCAUAUCAUUUUCGUUGUGAAUGAUCAUGACGAUCCGUCAAGGAGCGGUGGAAGUCACUGGUCAUUGCUUAUAUGUCGCCGGUAUCUUCGACCUCACUUUCUGAUUAUUGAUAGCGCGCAGGGGACGAAUUCAGCGAAUCAAAAGCAGACGGAUAAGCUGAUUCAAACACUAGCAAAGUAUUUCGGGCUUCCAGUAGAUACACGCAUCGAACGAGCCACAAAGCAGUAUAAUGGUAUGGACUGUGGGAUGUUUGUUAUUGAAUUCACUCGACACUAUAUCGAGAGUUUGAAACGGGAUGAAUUCAGCGUUGAUUUCACACAACUGAACGCAGACGAUGUUAAGAAGCAGCGAAAAGUGUGGGGUUCAUUGAUUCGUUCACUGGCCGAAGAAUAA